AUGGUACGUACGAGCCGCCGCCCCGUUCAUUGCCGUCUCGCUUAUCUGCUAAACCGCUAUUUCUUCUCCGUACCGUCCCAGUCUUUGUCCACAACGUUCAAGCCCUCUCCCCUGGGUUACGGUUCUCCCCCCAGCGUUCGAAACUCGCCGUUCCGCCGGGUCGACUCACCGUCAUCGCCCUCGCCGCUCCGACAAAUAACGCCCACGAGCUCGCCAACCAAAGCCAGCGCCACCACACCCAGCAGAAGCUCGAGGCUUGCGAGACCAACGACGCCGACCGCCACCGACGAGCAGGACGAAACCGCAGAGCGAAACAAGACACCGGAGAUGACGACUCCCACAAGGACAUCUCCGCCGUCGUGGAGGGCUACAUCGAAGCUGGCAGUGGGCGGCUCUUUGGGCGGUAGCAGCGCCCUUUCACAGCUUCAGCCUACUCAGGUUAGGACAUUGAGGGAUGGGUUCCAGAUUCUGGAUCGAGACUGUGACGGGGUCGUCAAUAGAGAGGACGUCGCCGACAUGCUCGGCCAACUGGGCCUUCCCGCAGGCUCCUCCGACAUAGGACGCUUCUUCCCCCCUUCGAAACCACAGACCAUGACAUUGGCCGCCUUCCUCAACUCGCUGGCAGAGUCCCUGGCGGUGCUGUCGCCCAGCACCGAGCUCUUAUCUGCGUUCUCGGCGUUUGACGAGGACGACAGCGGUCAGAUUGACUGGGCGGAGCUGAGGGAUGCUCUGCUCAACACACCGCCGGAAGCCGGGCAGUCGGCCCUCAGCGCUGCGGAGGUCGACAAGGUGGUUGAGGGGUUCACGGGCCGUCGAGCCUUCAACCGCAACAUGAAUGCGCACUUAUCGGCAAGAAGGGGCGAGGUGUUUAGAUAUCAGGAGUUUGUCCACUCCAUCAUGGGUUCCAACGGCGGGUCCGAGGGAGGGUCUCACGACAGAGCCGACGAGUAG